UACAGUUGGUGUCCGGAGGAAGUUAUAUAUGCAUCAAAAUGGUGGUGGCUAGUGCUAUAUGAAUGAAGUAAGAAAGAAAGUCACCUAAAUUAAUACUUCAGAAGAGAAGAUUUUUCACUAGUUGAUAGGAGUGAUUAGUAUUGUUUGCAUCCAUAUACCUGUACUUAUGGCAAGCACGCUGGAUUUCAGGACCCAUGCCGACCAGUCAUGCAGAUAUUCCGAAGAAUUUGUCAACAUUUAUUACGACUGCAUGGACAAGAAAAGGAGGAACCUGACCCGACUCUACCUGGACAAGGCGACAUUGGUGUGGAAUGGGAAUGCAGUAUCAGGUCAGGAUGCUCUGGGCGAGUUUUUUGAGUCCUUGCCAUCCAGUGAGUUCCAAGUUCACACACUGGAUUGUCAGCCAGUUCACGAACAAGCGACACAAGGCCAGACCACACUGCUCGUGGUGACUGGUGGGACAGUCAAGUUUGAAGGGAACAAACAGCGUUUCUUCAACCAGAACUUUCUCUUAACAGCUCAGGCUUCACCCAACAAUGAGCAGCCUGUUUGGAAGAUUGCCAGUGACUGUUUCCGAUUUCAAGACUGGAAUAGCUGAGGCUCUCCUCAUCCAUAUUCUUUCUUCCCUCUGUAAUGUAUGAGCACUGUCGUAAUAAUCGUGUAAAUAAACACACGGCUGGUUUAUUUCUGUUUUUGUAAUAAAAUAAAAAUGUCAUACAACACUGAA